CAACUCUCUCUCCCAAAAACUAAAAAAGAAAAAAAAAAGAAAAAGAAAAAACAAAAAAAAAAACUAGGCUUAGCUUAAAGCCUCAACAGUCAUCACAAAACACAUUCUCUCUCUCUCUCUCUCUCAUAAACUCUCUCUUUCUCUCUGUGUGGCGGCUCUUGUUGUUGUUUGGUUCUGAGAUUGGAUCGGUGCUUGUGUUUCAUUCUUUGCGUUUAAAUCUUUUGGGGUGACUUUUUCGAUCUGAAACUGAGAGAUCCGUUUGGGAUUUUUUUUCCUUCAAGAACCGCCAUGUUUGCGGCUACACAGCAGCCACAACAACAACAACACCAACAACACCAACAUCAGAAACAACAACAACAACAACAACUACCACAACAACAACAACAAGUUCCCAAUACAGCGGCUUCAACAAUAUCAUCGGCUCAAGAAGAGGCCUUGAAGAGCAACACCGAUUGCGUUUACUUUCUUGCAUCUCCUUUGACAUGCAAAAAGGGAAGUGAAUGCGAGUAUCGCCAUAGUGAUUAUGCCCGGCUUAACCCGAGGGAUUGCUGGUACUGGUUGAAUGGUAACUGCUUGAAUCCCAAAUGUUCGUUCCGGCAUCCACCUCUUGAUGCUGCAUUAGGAACCCAGGCAGCAACUUCUGCUGGAUCUUCUCUGCCUGUAACACCGACUGCUGCAACACCUGCUGCACAGGCUCCUUAUGGUUCCAGUAAACAAGCAGUCCCUUGCAUUUUCUACCAAAAGGGGCUUUGCUUAAAAGGUGACAGAUGUGCCUUCUUACAUGGACCAAAUCCCACCACCAGCAACAAAGUUCCACAGAUGCCAGCAGCCAUUCAUGUUACUGAAUCUUCAGCUCCUAAAAAGAUUUUUGGAGGCCCUGAAAAGUUUACACAAGAGCAGAAGAUUCCACAAAUAAAUGUUUCAAAGUCAGUUGGACUACCUCCUGAAGCUAAACCUUCUCCAAAAACUGAAGCUACUUUUCCAAGAAAUGUAGUUGUUGUUGAGAGGAAUGUACCAGUACCUACAAGAUUGGAUGAUGAGACUUCUAGAUACAAGGCAACACAUGUUCCUCCUGUUAUUAAUGGAAACUCCAUCAGCCGGUCCAGUCGUUCACAGCAGGCUCAUGUACCUGAGGAUUAUAGCUUCCCAAAUGGUAAGGAUGGUGAUGAGUUUCUAAGGGAGUCCUCUCCUGGCUUUGAUGUUCUUGUCGAUAAUGAGCUUGGUGAUUCAGAUUACUACCAUGGUGAAGAUCAAUUCGGUAGAACAAGGGCUCAUGAAGGAAGGAGUUUAAACCCUGUGAAUGAGUAUGAUAUUAGUCAUUCUGCUGAUUACAAUUCAAUAGCUGAUGUUGAUCGAGAAAGGUUCCCUGAUCCACGAGGCCAUGGCUCAUAUGAUCACAUGCAAGGGCAGUAUGCCUGGGAGCAGCACAGGGCUUCAUCUGAGAGAAUGUUCGUGGAACCAGCUCAUCUGGAAAGGCGGAGGGGUUACCCUAAGUCUGAUAGUCCUGAUCAUGUUGAUGAGUCAGAUCUACGACAUCAUUUAUCCAAGCAGAGGAGACAUAAUGGUUUGAGAUCUGUUGUCAGUCAUGGCCACAACAACCAUGUUGAGGAGCGGAGUUACCGGUCUUCUUCAAGAAGGGAUGCAGUUAAUUUGCCCCCAAACGAGAGCUCCCUCAGUAAUCGCCUCCGGGGUAGAAUAAAACUUCCUGGGAGAUCUCCAGUGAAUGGUACUGAUUUGCGUCCAGAAAGGGAAUCGGACAGGGGAAGAAAUCGGGACAGGUUGUCACCUGGAAGGCCACAGAUCUCUCAUCAGGGAAGGCUUCGAGACAGAAUAAAAGGACGGGUGCAAGAGGAUUACAAUAUUGAGGGAAGAAAUAUCAAGGGUCCACGGAUUUGGAGAGAAAUAACAGAUGAAAGCGGUGAUUUCGCUCGUCCGAAACGUCUUGCAGAGCUGAAAGUUGUGAAGAGUUCAGAUGGCAAGGAGCAGCAAUCCCUUGGAAAGCGAAAGAACUUGGAAGAUCAUCAGCAAUCUGAAGGUGAUCUUUCAUUUGAAGGGCCAAAGCCUCUUAGUGAGAUUCUCAAGCGAAAAAGAGGAGCUGGAGCUUCUGGGAGUGGCGAGUCAUCUGUCUAUAAAGAAGACAACAAUCAGAGUGAAAUCAAGGAAAGCUUGAUUAGUGGCUCCGAGAACGCAUAUACACAAAGUGCUAAGGAAGAAGCCCUCAGCCAUUUGUUUGGCAGUGAGGAAGAUUUCAAGUCUGCAGCAGAUGUCUCAAUUGGAACAGUGGCAGAAAAAACUGAUGAAGCUUCUGGCCAGCCUUCACAAGCACCUGAUCUGAAUGAGUUUGAGGCAGAAGAUGGGAUGAUUUUUGAUGAAAAUAUUGAGGAUCAGGAACUUGAAGCUGAUGAUCAGAGGGAUGUGGAUGGUGAAUAUGAAUAUGAGCAAGUUGAUGAGGAGGGAGAGUACAAUUAUGAGGAAGGUGAUAAUGCCGACCCUGAAGAAGAAUACCUCGAUGAUGAAGAUGGGGAUGACUUUGCCAAGAAAAUUGGUGUCGUGCUCUCUUGAUUGUGGGGAGGGAGAGAGAGCAACAGAGAGAUGGUGGACUGCUGUUUGCCACAAACAUUUUCUGUGGACCUUCAACGCUUAAUUUCGGUGGUUGGUUCUGAUUGAGCAGGAUAACUGCUAUGGAUUUAUUUGUAGAAGUAGGAUAUCAAGUUUUCUCUUGUAUUAAUCAAAACUUUUUCAUUGUAUUUAAAUCUGAUUGAAUGGGAUUUUACAUUUUUGCAUGGGGCAUUUUGCUGUACUCUCUUGAUAAAGUUGCUUGCAGAGUGCAUGCCUGUAACAGUAGAAAGUAAAUAAGAAAAUUGCUAUUUCUCUCGGA